CUCAGAGACCUGCACAGUCAGGGGUUCGAUCAGGGCAACCGCGACUUUGGGGUUAUAUUGCAGACAUGGGAUGAACUAUAUCCAAAAGCCCGGUUCGAUCACUCUCCUCACAUAAAGCGAGGGCUACUCCGGUCUUCCUGUUCUCUUGUUCUAGCCGGUCUGGGCGUCAUAUACUUUAUACUUAGCUUAUAGCUAUCUUCUGCUCAUGAUGACAUCUCUUUUCACUCUGACUCUGCUCCUUCUUGCAGCCCGAGCACUUGCCCAAGAUACAGAUGAUAUCCUCCAAUAUGUCGACCCUUUGAUCGGCGCAAGCAACGGCGGUAAUGUCUUUCCCGGAGCCUCACUCCCGUACGGCAUGGCCAAGGCCGUGGCCGACACCAACAGCACCUCAAACCAAGGUGGCUUUACUCUGGAUAGCGCCCCAGUUACUGGCUUCAGCAUGGUGCAUGACAGUGGUACCGGUGGCAGUCCAUCUUUGGGCAAUUUUGCCUUGUUCCCCCACCCCAGCUGUCCUGGAGGAGACAUUAACCGAUGCGCAUUUCCCAAGAAGACGAGAGCCAACUUUGGUAGUUUUGAUAAUGUCAGUGUCUCUGCCAGACCUGGGACAUUUGGAAUCACACUCAACACCGGCAUCCGGGCAGACAUGACGGCUACUCAACAUACCGCUUUAUUCAGAUUCACGUUCCCUGAAAAUAGCACCAUUGGUGAAGCCGCGCAGCCGCUCAUUCUACAGGAUCUGACUGAUCUGUCAAACUCGAGGCAGGACAAUGGAACAGUAUCAGUCGAGGAGAAAACGGGACGCAUCACGGGGAGUGCUCGUUUUCUGCCCAGCUUCGGUCAGGGGAACUACGUCCUCUACUUCUGUACUGACUUCUCCGGAGCCGAGAUCUUGGAUAACGGCAUCUUUGCGGACAGCCGAGCCAGCGCCUCCGUCAAAAACAUGACUAUCUCCAGAUCGAUCAAUGGCUAUCCUCUUCCGGGGGGUGCAUUUGUGAGGUUCAAAUCCGGAGCCAAGCCGAUUCUGGCAAGAACCGCAACGAGUUUCAUCAGUAUCAAACAAGCAUGCAGACACGCCGAGUCUGAGAUCCCCGACUUUGACUUUGAGCGGAGUUCCAAGGCAGCAACAGAGCAAUGGAAGGCCAAGAUGGGCGGAAUCAGGGUCUCAACGAAGGGCGUGGAUAAAUCCUUGGUCACCAACUUUUACAGCGGCAUCUACCGCACUUAUAUCAAUCCGCAAAACUACACGGGAGAAAACCCGCUGUGGUCUAGCAGCGAGCCUUACUUUGAUUCAUUUUACUGCAUAUGGGAUCUUUUCCGAUCGCAGCUCCCGUUUCUCACCAUCACGGACCCGACGACAGUCACUCAGAUGAUCCGCUCCCUCAUUGAUACGUAUCGACAUGUGGGAUGGCUUCCCGACUGCAGAAUGAGUCUCAAUAAAGGCUAUACACAGGGUGGCUCGAAUGCCGAUGUUGUACUGGCAGAUGCAUACAUCAAGGGCCUUAAAGGAGGCAUCAACUGGGAGGAUGGCUACGCCGCUGUUGUCAAAGAUGCCGAAGUCGAGCCGUUCGAUUGGUGCUGCCAGGGACGCGGUGGCCUCGACAGCUGGCAUACUCUCGGUUACAUCCCCGUCCAAGAUUUCGACUGGAAAGGCUUCGGCACAUUGACGCGCUCCAUCUCCCGCACGCUCGAAUACGCCUACAACGACUUCUGCAUCGCCGAAAUGGCCAAGGCCUCUGGCAGGACAACCGACCAGGAGAAGUACACUCUUUCCAGCGGCAACUGGCGCAACCUCUACAAAGAAGAUCAGACCUCCUUCUGGUGGAACGGCACCGACACCGGCUUCACCGGUUUUUUCGAACCUCGCUAUCUUAAUGGGACCUGGGGCUAUCAGAACCCCCUGAACUGCUCCAACCACGACGACUUCAGCGUCUGCUCCCUUCAAAACAACGGGCCAGAGACAUUCGAGUCCUCCAUCUGGGAGUACGGCUUCUACGUGCCCCACGACCAAGCAACGCUGAUCAGCCUGUACGGCGGCCCGAAUCGCUUCGUCGACCGCCUGAACUAUCUCCACGACCAAAACAUCACGUACAUCGGUAAUGAGCCGUCCUUCCUCACGGUGUUUCAGUAUCAUUACGCUGGACGACCAGCUCUCUCCGCUAAACGAGCCCACUAUUACAUCCCUGAGUUCUUCCGCACCACCCCCGACGGUCUGCCGGGCAACGACGACAGCGGCGCGAUGGGCUCGUUCGUGGCAUUCUCCAUGAUGGGCCUCUUUCCCAAUCCGGGGCAGAACGUGUACCUGAUUACUCCGCCGUUCUUUGAGUCUGUGAAUGUUACGAACCCGUUAACGGGAAAGACUGCGAGGAUCAGGAAUGUGAACUUUGACCCUAGUUACAAGAACAUCUACAUCCAAAAUGCCACGCUUGAUGGGGUCAAGUAUACCAAGAACUGGAUCGAUCAUAGCUUUUUCACAGAAGGGAAAGAGCUGGUCUUGACGCUUGGUGAUAGGGAGAGUGACUGGGGUACGAAAGUGGAGGAUCUUCCUCCGAGCUUGGGAGAGUAUGAAGGGUUUGGGAACUCUUCGUCAUCAUCUUCUGGGUACGGGUCUUGGAAUAAUACGGUUGGCGGUGGUGGUGGUGCCAAACGGAUCAGGGGCUGGUUGAGGGAGAGCGAGGGUGUGGGGAUUAUGUGAUUGCUUCCACUUCUUUCUUUGUCGGUAUGCCUUAGCGACUGUAUUUCCAUUCCUCUCAUAAGCAAACAACAUUGAAUUACGUACUACCAUCCAUACCCAAGAAACAUCAAUCCGUAAAGAAAACCUAUUCCCACUUAUGUAUGCAUCACCACC